UUUUGAGUUACCAUUCCAAAAUCACUUCCUUCAGCGCCUUCUUAAAUCCUAAUCCACUCAUUUCCCUGCGGCCACCCAAUUCGACAACCAAGUACACACACCAAUUCCAAGUAUUCCAUCCACCAUGGUCGAAGCCGAUUCCACACCCCUCACAGUCCCCAGCGGCGGGGUAACAGGCACCACAGAACAAGUCGCCGUACCCGCAACACUACCUUUGCGCAAUGGGUCGAGCGAAACGGCGUCGCCGGAGGAGCGACUGGCGCUGAUCAAAGAGAACCUGGCUGAAGUUCUGGACGGGGAGAUCAUCGAAAAGAUCCUCAAGGAGGGAAGACAUCCCAAGAUCUACUGGGGCACCGCAACCACCGGCCGCCCUCACUGCGGCUACUUCGUCCCCGCCAUCAAAAUAGCACAGUACCUCGCCGCGGGAUGCGACGUCACCAUCCUCCUAGCCGACAUCCACGGCUUCCUAGACAACCUGAAAGCGCCCAUCGAGCUCGUCGAGCAACGCGCAGAAUACUACCGCUUCGUAAUAUCGGCCAUGCUCGAGGGCAUCGGCGUCCCCCUGGACAAGCUGAAAUUCGUCCUGGGAAGUUCCUACCAGAAGAGCGCAGAGUACGUCAUGGAUCUGUACAAAAUGGCAUCUGUAGUAUCGGAGCACGACGCAAAGAAAGCCGGCGCCGAGGUCGUCAAGCAGACGGAGAAUGCGCCCCUGAGCGGCCUCCUCUACCCCCUCCUCCAAGUCCUCGAUGAGCAGUACCUAGACGUCGACGCGCAAUUCGGCGGCGUCGACCAGCGCAAACUCUUCACCGCCGCGAAAGAAUGGCUCCCAAAGCUCGGAUACAAGCAGCGCGCACACCUGCUCAACCCCAUGGUCCCCGGCCUGCACGGCGGGAAAAUGAGCUCGAGCGACGCGGACAGCAAAAUCGAUCUCCUCGACCCCCCGGACGUGGUCCUCAAGAAGAUCAAAAAGGCGGUCGCGGCCCCCAAAGUCGUCGAGGAGAACGGCGUGCUCGCUUUCGUCGAAUUCGUGCUGCUUCCCGCUGCCGCGCUGAGGGGCAACCGCGAGUUCCGCGUCGAUCGGGAGAGGGAUGGUCUGGAGCCCUUGGUCUACACGUCCAUUUCCCAGAUGCAUGAGGAUUACAGAAAUGACGUCCUGACGCCGCAGUUGCUCAAGCCCGCGGUGGCAAAGGGGAUCAAUGAGCUCCUUGCUCCUAUUCAGGCGGCCUUCCAGGCAUCCAAGGAGUGGCAGGAGACGACGCUCAAGGCCUAUCCGCCACCGCCGAAGAAGGAGAAGAAGGUGAAGAAUAAGGGGACGGGAUACCCGGGCUUGAAGAAAAAGGAAGAGGAACAGGCGGCUGCACAGAACGCUGUCGAUGGUGGUGCUGCUGCGACGUCAUGACAGUAAGACUGUUCUUAGACUAGUUGUUGGCAUGUUUGGGUAGACCUUUAGCACAUAUACCCCCCUAAUUCACGAAUGAUAUGAACGUUUCUUAGCGGG